AUGGAGGACCAGGCCGCCAGCCUUCUAGCGACGCUCAAGAAAUCGUCCGUCGCCGUCGACGCGAAAUUGACGCAAUUCAACAACCUCAAGUCCAGCAUCAAGCACCUCAGGGUCCCUGAGGGCGCCCAGGCACCGAUUCUCGAAUGCAUCAAGUAUGCACUCGCCGCCCAGACGUCUUCCUCGCUCGUAUCCAGUGGGUUCUCGACACUUGGACACUUUGUCAAGCGAUUGCAUCUUCAGGACCAGACUGGGAUCAUUGUAGCGCAGGGCAGCAAGCUCUUCCCGAUACUCCUAGAUCGCCUGGGUGACGCGCGGGAAAGCCACCGCAAUGCGGCGUCUCAGUCGCUCGCGGACUUGUGGCCGAUCUGCCAUGCUGAGGUGGAGCGUAUCAUACGCGAAGGCGCCCUCAUCGGAACGAAUGCGAGGGCAAAAGAGAUGGGAAUGCGCUUGGUGGUGAAGGUGCACGAAAGCGACGGAAUGCCUUUCAAAAGCUUCGUACCUCUUCUUGUGGCAAACCUUGAAGAUGCCGACGGGAACGUCCGAGAAGCCGCUAAAAGCGCUGUGGUCGAUCUCUUCUGCAACGCGCCUGACCACGCGAAAACAGAUCUCAAGAAGCAGAUGACAAGACACAACGUCCGGAGUUCCAUAACCACGCACAUUGUCUCUCAACUAGGCCUUCCAGGUCACGCAGAGGUAGACCUGAAAGCCUCCACCAUCUCAGUGUCCAGUAUGGCACCCGAACACGUUCGUCCGGACCAUGGCUUUGGCGAUAGCAUACUGUCGGAGAGACCACCGCCUGCCGAAGAGGUUCCCGUGGAUCCCUUGUAUGUUCAUACACAGAGGGAGCUUGAAGACAUCUUCAGGACCAUGCUGCCUCACUUCGAGGGUAGAGAGGAAGAGCACAAUUGGCUGAAAAGGGAUAAAGCUAUCACCCAGCUACAUCGGCUGACGAAAGGCAAUGCGCCAGAGGAGUUCCGCACAGCGUUCGCAGCCGGUAUCAAGAGUAUGCAGGAGGGCAUCCUCAAGGCCGCUAAUUCACUGCGAACAACAUUCUCUUCAAACGGGUGCCUGCUGGUCCAGGAGCUUGCAAGGACGAUGGGCUCAGCACUCGACCCAAUGGCCGAGAUCUUUCUUCAAAACUUCAUUAAAGUGUGCGCGGCGACGAAGAACAUUGCCGCGCAAAACGGCAAUGCGACUGUUGAUGCCAUCUUCUCCAGCGUAUCGUACAGCCUUAGGCUCCUGCAGCAUGUUUCGUUCGCUACACAGGAUAAGAACGUACAACCUCGGACGUUCGCUUCCGGCUGGCUUAAGACUUUGCUCAACAAACAUGCGGGCCACAAAGCUCUUAUUGAGCAUUCCGGAGGUGUGGAUGUAGCAGAGCAGUGCCUCAAGAAAGGUCUUGCAGACGCGAAUCCAAAGGUCAGGGAAGGCACACGGAGCGCUUACUGGGUCUUUGUGCGAUUAUGGCCGGAGAGAGCCCAUGCGAUUAUGGACACUUUGGACCCCAAAUCUAAGCAACUACUGGAGAAGGACCCCGGCAAUCCCCAUGCUUCUCUGGCCUCCUCGCAGUCAUCAUCUGGUGCGGGGACGCUUGGAAAGUCAGUGGGUACUGGUAGUAGUCGAGCGGAACUUCGAGAGAAGAUCGCAGCGCAGAAGCGAGAAGCACAGAGAAAAGAAGCUGCCACGCAGCAAGCAGCCAAACGUCUUCCGGAACGGCCGAACUCGGCGCAAUCUACCUUCUCACCUGUUAAGCCGACGCCCGCACGAGCUCCCUCCGCCCUCUCGUUGUCACAACGUGGGGCCUCAUCGAUGACAUCCUUAACGGCGGCAGCGGCUCGAUCCGCCGUGGCACAGGCAUCCUCGGCUCCAUCCGGCUCCUUGAUGGCGGCGCCUGUGCGGCGACCGAAGCGGCCUGAGCUCCCACGGCCAGCAACUGCUGACCCGUACGCAAGUAGGAAUAUGAGUAGGAGGACAGGAAUCGCAAAGCCAGUAACACCUACGCUCAGCCCUGCCAACUCACCGGAUAAGACCACUGGCAAGAAGUCUGUAGCCUCGCAAAGCAGUGCAGGAGCUCCUCCAGGACGCCCUCAGAGCCCAUCCUUACACACUGUAAGAAGCAAGUCACGGCUCGGGCAAUCAUCCCACCAGAAGACGGCGAGCGUUCCUGCCGCCGGACCUUCAAGUCUUGCCAGUCCGGAUUCAAGUCCGUCCAAGUACGAGGACCUGACGAUGGUCAUGCCGUUUGGCAAGACAGCAGCCCAGGAGGAGCCGUUCCGAGUGCGGAGACCAGGCAUCGACAAGACCAUGUCAGUAGACAGCGGCAUACCCAGCAUGGUGGAUGGAGAGACCUUCUCAAUGGUAAUCCCGUCCAUGGUGAUGCCUGACCGAGCACGUUCACCACGGGUGAGCCCGGCCAAAGCGACGCCGCGCCGCUCGCCCCUGCCUGUUCAUAACGAGGAUGAAGGCCCAAUGAAUGGUGUGGUGUACAGCCGCAGCCCCCUCCUCAGAUCCGUGGACAGCGCCGUCGCUCUCGAGAACGAUGAAGUCCAGGUCUACGAAGACCCCUUCACAGCCGACGAGCCCGAAACGCUCGCUACAGAAACCGAACCCGGGAAGUCUGUCCUCGAAGAACUCCCCCUUAACGAACGCAACGUCGAGCGCCGCCAGAGCAGCGGCAGCGCCGACACCGCUGCUACUCACUCCACGACCUCCGAGCCUGCCAGAAGUCCGCGCAAGGCCGCUCCCACUACCAACGGCGAGGUCACCCACGACCGCGCCGAAGUGCUUCGCGCCCGCCGCCUCCUCACCAGCGGCAUCGAGCGCAUCAAGAGCCGCUCUCUCGACGCGCACGGCUUCCGCCGCCUGCAAGACCUCGUAAGGAACAACGCCGACAUCUGGGGCGACAGCAACCAGAAGUUCGGCGAGCUGCUGCUUGCACUGCUCGAGUAUCUCGAGGCUCCUACCACCAACACCGGCCCCACUUCCAAACCCAGCAGCACCGCGUCCAAAGCGCUGAACCUCAAGGCGCAGGUGCUGGCGACCGUCCGCGCGAUGCUGGCGCUUCACCCUAAGGAAUCCACCCCCUACUACCCGCGCGCCCUCUGCGCCGUCGUCGCCGCAAAAGGCGCCUGCGACUCGACGUCGCACAUGGCCGCGGAGCUGGAAAAGACAGCCGACGAGAUCAUCAAGCACGGCCGCGCGAGCGACUGCAUAGACGCGGUGCUCGAGCUGCUCGACUCGCUGCCCUCUUCCUCGUCUUCUGGCCGGCCCAGCUCGUCCUCCUCGUCCCUGGCUUCCCUGGGCAGCGCGACGGAUAACACGGCGGUGGGGGCGAGCAGCACGACAGCUGCAGCAGCGCUUGGCGCACUGAGCGCGCUUCUGCAGAAAUCUCGCACCACCUCAACGUCCUCGGCUGCAGUCCUGCCGCCUGCACGCCUCACGCGACUCGCGCGCACGGCGGCACGCUUCCUCGGCGACGCGGCGCCGGAUGUCCGCAGGGCGGCGCUGGAGCUGUGCGUCGAGCUGCAUGAUUGCUGCCGCUUGAACCGGAAGAGCAAUGGCGACAGCAACAGCAACGGCGAAGAGGUGGGGAAGGAGUUCUGGCGGGCGCUCGGUGUGGGAGGGGAGGGAGAAGGAGAAGGCGGAGUAGGGCAGGGGCGGUUGAAUCUUAUUGCCUAUUAUCUCGCACGGAGGGGGCGAGAGGCUGUGGUCGCGUGA